UACAAUGAUCUAAAGUGUGUACGACUUACGUGCGUAUAUUUAAUACACCAUUAGGCCAUUUUAUGAGUGUAAAAUUGAAAAAAAAAAGGUAAUAAGAAUUUGAAUAAUAGAUGGUAGUACAUCUAAGACAAACAAUGCACUGGAUACUAGGGACAGGAAUCCUCGAAAACAAUCAAGAACAAAAACACACGUUCAAAUGCGAUGCACAACUAGACACCAAGUAGACUAAAUACUAUUCUAUGUUUCAUUUCAAAGUAAUAGUUUACCAAAGUUUCAAUUGUUUUUCUAACUUAUUCUCUCCUAACUAACGAUACCAACGUUGAUGCCACUAGAAUGUGGUAAAUAAUUACGGAGAGAAAGAGUUAAUGAAAGUUUGUGUAUUAUUUAAUUAUUUCAAGUGAAACGUUGGUGUCAGAUUGUCAGCGAUGUCACAAUUUUAUUUCUUAAUUUUGACUUUGACAAUAAUUUGUGCACUUAACCUGACAGGCACACGCAGCCAAAGUGUAAAGUUUUACGACAAUGGUGAAGACACAGACGAAUGUAUGGAAACACUUAGAGCAGGCACUGACGGAAUGGUACUGAGGGGUGUAGCACACUUACCGAAACAACCCAACUGGACGAGCUACAUCAUCUUCGACCAGAAAUCUGAGGCCGCUGGUGACUUCAAAUUGCUCUGUCUUGUAGAUACCAAGUCUCAGUGUGAGAACACUUCUGUCUCAGACAUUUGCUACUGUCAGCCAACUGAAACUGUCGACACUUAUCAAUUUGUUGUCAAUCUCAGCGCCGUGACAACUGAAUACAGUGGGCUUAUCAGGGCUUAUCUUAUGAUGAAAAACUCUACCACAGUUUCUAACCAGAUCUCAUUGUCUUCUUGGCGAGAAAGUAAUUCUCCCGUUAAAACAAGCUUGACCAUCAAUGACGAGCCGAUAGGGGACAAUUGCAUGGCAACAAUACACAAUAAAAAGCUCAAAAUCGAGGCAAGUUGUGCAGGUAUGAGGGGCCCUUGCUGGCUGGAGCUGAGCACGGGUCACAACACCAUGCCCGCAGUUGGCGACAAGCAUAUUACUUUAGAACACAGUGUUGAAGCUGACACUAAUGUCACUGUGGUACUCAGGCGUUCACUCUGCAACAAAGAGAAUUUUCACGAAAUGUAUAGAUGCCAAAUAACUUUGGUGACCUCCCUUGAAGUACAGGAAGCAAGCAGUAACAUUCUGUUAAUCAGUGUAGUAGCUGGAAUAGCCUCUGCAGUUGUGUUAGUAUUAGUCACUGUCGUUAUUGUCUUUUGGAGAAGGAAACACGUACAGAAGAAAAAACUCAGGACCGAAUCAAAUGAAAGAGUGAGAGAUUUGUGCGAGGAAGAGAGCAAGACUUUUACAAAGAAGUCCAAUUUACCAACUGUCCCAAACAUGGAAAAAUCAGAUGACGAUACGACAGAAUUACUGACCCCAGAUGCUAGAAGUACACAAGGCAAUAAUAAAGUGGAAACUGAAGAUCAGAGUCCGACAGAGACAUCCUUACAUUUUGUAUAUCCGAAAAAGACCGGUAAACGAAGUCCCAACCUCCGAAAGGAUCCUGAAGUAAUGAAAGAAAAGGCUGAUUAUAUGACUUCCCUGCUUACUCCUCCUGAUGCUUUCGAAAGCCCAGAAGAUCACAAUACACGUGAAAUUGAAGAACAGAAAUGUAUAGAUGCAGGUUCUUCGACACCGAUUGAGGCUAAGUCUUCGUUACAAGUUACUGGUUGUGAAGGUGCACAAAAACAGUAUGCAGCUGAAGAACAGACACCUACAGAAUCAUACUCGGAUACUUACUAUAACAAUGCAGAAAAUGAUCCGGUAAAUUUUUCGAAGCCACCAAAAGAACUCAAAGAAAAGUUCCAGCCUGUUGUCAAGGACAUUGAAAGCUUUUCAGCCUUCACUCUGAAAAAAGGCAAUCAAAAUAAAACUAGAGAUAUGGAAGUCUGAUUGCAAACUUACAAUGUAUUAGAAUAUUCUUCAAUGGUGCUCAAGCUAACGCAUUCGGAUAACAAUACUAAUUGAAAUAUAGUUACUUACGCUAUUGCCUGGAUUACCGCUCGUUUGUUUCCCAGAGUAACAAUUAUUGUUGGACUUUUUCAUCACAUAGUUUAUGUGCGUUUAUACUUUUUCUAGGCACUGAACAUUUUAUGGACAAAAUGUCUGAAAAUUUCAUAGUGGCAAUAGUGUAAAUGUACUUGCUAAUUUCAGACUCAUGAUUUUUGUCAAACUGUUCUGUCCGCUAGAAUGCUGAAAACCUUUUGAUAUAUAUUUUUUUUUAUAUUGACUGACGUACAUACCGUGUAUAUUUGUAAAAUGUUGACCAUUGACAGACAGUUUAUUUUAAAUGUGUUGUGAUUACUAAAAAUAUUGAUGUUGACAUUGUUGACAAUAAAAGGAAAUUAGUUGUACAAAGAUUUUUAUGGCAAUAAUCAAGACAAUUAUUUUUAAAAUCUGUGAACAUUGUUAGAGUAGAUUCUUCUAACGUUAUACGUUUAUGCCCUGCCAAGAAAGGUGCUGGGACGUCAAUGGACGUCAAAGUCGUUCUAAUCUAUUUGCAGCUUAAAGAGGGCAAUCCUUCCCUGUUUGGCUUUUAUAGUGACCAGACGCUGCAUCUCUUUCAGACUUUUCUCAGAUCCCGAUGUAUUCAUCGUAGAUCCAUGAGCCCUCCUUAUGGCUCUAUCCAGUGCUUGUUGAACCGGGCUCUUGGUGUCGGUCUUGAAGAUCUUCGUGUCAUGUGUGUGUGUCUGUGUGGGUUUCGGUGGCUAAGUAGUUGAGCGCUUGGCUACCGAACAUGAGCUUCAUGGUUUGAAUCUCGGUGAAGACUAAUUUUGAAUUUCGGGAUUUUUAGGGCGCAUUUGGGUUCACACAAACUAAUGGGUACUUGAAUUUUAAGUGAAAGUAAAGCCGGUUUGUCGUUGUGCUGGCCACAUGAUACCCUGCUCGUAAACUGUUGGGCGAAGAAACAGAAGACCUUAACUUCAUCUGCCCUAUAUAUGGCAAGGUCUGAAAGGGGAACUACAACUACUCCUGACAUGUUUACAUGCUCUAGUGUAUCUGAGGGGUGGACGACCUCAGCAGUUCCCUUGCCCUGAAUUAGACCUUUAUAUAUUAAAGAUGCCAUGUAACUCUAUAAGAAAUGCUUCAUAAGCAUUUAUACAAGACUCCUCGUUAUUACAUUUAUAUUUGUAUAAAAUUAUACGCUACUUCUGAACGAAUAAACAAGACAUACUUUGGUACGGAUAAAUGUUGUGAUAAUAGUUUGUUUGUAUUUCAAUAUGUAAAUGGCAAUUAUAAUAUUUUUCAUCAUAAUCAAAAAUGGUCUUAAUUAUAUAAACGUAACUAAUGUGUUUUCAUUGCUCAAUAUGAUGUGAUUAUUUAUCUAUUUCAUUUUGAAUUAAAAUGUAUGUUUAAUAUAUAAGUAUGUAACUGCCAAGAAAAAGAAGAUAUUAGCGCCAUUAUACGGAAGUAACAUGUUCAAUUACUCAAUUAUGCAUAUUUUUUUUUUCAGAUAAAAUAAUUGACAUAUCAUUUUUUUUAAAUUUUAAUAAUGAUGUGUAUUUAAUUUUACAUUGCCAAAAACACAUAAAACAAAACCAUAAGUAUUAUGUCUUCAGAACAAUUAAGGUUAACAUUGUUUAGAAAUUGUUCAAACUUGACAAUAAUUAGGUUGUACGGUGUGCCGUGUUGUAGACAUAUAUACGUACAUGAACGAAGUUCUUGAUAUUACGAUUCUUUUUUGGUUGAAGCACAACUGAAUAAAUAUAUUUAAUUCAAUAAAAAAAUUAAAUCGGAA